AUGUCUGCUCCAGAGACCGCGACCAACGUCCCUACGGACCAGGUUGAGGCGCCCACCGAGGCCCCUGCCAACGGCACUGCUGCAGGCGCAGCUCCUAGCACUGAGGCCGCUCCUGAAACUGCCGGAGAGCCCUCUGGCACUGCGGCUCCUGCGACCUCACAGCCUCACUCUGCCUCGUUGUACGUCGGAGAGCUGGACCCUUCCGUCACCGAGGCUAUGCUCUACGAGCUCUUCUCCUCCAUCGGACAGGUCGCGUCGAUCCGUGUCUGCCGUGAUGCUGUUACCAGACGCUCUCUUGGCUACGCCUACGUGAACUACAACAACACCGCCGAUGGAGAACGUGCCCUUGAGGACCUCAACUACACCCUGAUCAAGGGCCGUCCAUGCCGUAUCAUGUGGUCUCAGCGUGACCCUGCCCUCCGCAAGACCGGUCAGGGCAACGUCUUUAUUAAGAACCUUGAUACUGCUAUUGACAACAAGGCUCUUCACGACACGUUUGCUGCUUUCGGAAAUAUUCUUUCUUGCAAGGUUGCUCAGGAUGAGUACGGUAACUCCAAAGGAUACGGAUUCGUCCACUACGAAACUGCUGAGGCCGCCACCAAUGCCAUCAAACACGUCAAUGGUAUGUUGUUGAACGAGAAGAAGGUCUUUGUUGGACACCACAUUGCCAAGAAGGAUCGCCAGAGCAAGUUUGAGGAGAUGAAGGCCAACUUCACCAACAUCUACGUCAAGAACGUUGAGCAGGAUGUCACCGAUGAGGAAUUCCGUGGCCUCUUUGAGAAGUACGGUGAAAUCACCUCUGCUACCCUCAGCCGUGACAAUGAGACCGGCAAGAGCCGCGGGUUUGGAUUCGUCAACUUCUCUGACCAUGAGGCCGCCUCCGCCGCUGUCGAGGCCUUGAACGAGUACGAGCUCAAGGGUCAGAAGCUCUACGUCGGCCGUGCCCAGAAGAAACAUGAACGUGAAGAAGAGUUGCGAAAGCAGUAUGAAGCUGCUCGCAUCGAAAAGGCUUCCAAGUACCAGGGUGUUAACCUUUACAUCAAGAACUUGUCCGACGAUAUCGAUGAUGAGAAGCUUCGUGAGCUUUUCAGCAGCUACGGAAACAUAACUUCCGCCAAAGUCAUGCGCGAAGCCAUUGUCGACGUUCCCGCCGAAACCGAAAAGGGCAAGGAAGCCGAUAAGGAGAAGGCGAAGGAGGCAGGUGACAAGUCCGAGGAAAAGGGAGAGUCUAAGUCUGAAUCUGAAGACAAGUCGAAAUCCGAAGAGAAGAGUGAGGGAAAGACUGAGAGUGCCAAGCCUGAAAAGAGACAUCUCGGGAAGAGUAAAGGUUUCGGUUUCGUUUGCUUCAGCAACCCAGAUGAAGCCUCGAAGGCUGUUACCGAGAUGAACCAACGUAUGGUCCACGGAAAGCCACUCUACGUUGCUUUGGCCCAACGCAAGGAUGUUCGCAAGAGCCAGCUCGAGGCCAGUAUUCAAGCUAGAAACACCAUUCGCCAACAGCAGGUUGCUGCUGCCGCCGGAAUGGCCCAACCCUUCAUGCAGCCUGCCGUUUUCUAUGGCGCUCCGGGCCAGCAAGGUUUCCUCCCCGGUGCUCAGCGUGGAAUGCAGUUUGCUGGUCAAGCUGGUAUGGUUAUGCCAGGAAUGCCCGGUGGUCGUCCUGGCCAGUUCCCCCAGUUCCCUGGACAGCAGGGCGGCCGUGGCAUGAACCCUAACCAGCCGCUUCCUCCUAACUUCGCCAUGGGUAGCCAAGGUAUCCCAAUGGGUGCAAUGCAAAGUGCUGGAAUUCCAAAUGGCCUAAACUACUCUCAGAUAAGCCAGGUCCAGUCGUUCGGCCGUGGAGGUGGUCGUGGCCAGGGUCCAAUGCAAGGUAUGCCACCGGCUGCCGGUAACGCCCCACAAAUGCGUGGUGGACCUGGUGCCCCAGGCUUCGCUCAGGGACGUAACAUGCCCAUCCAGCAGGGUGGCCGGGCAGGCCCUGGUGGCCGCGGUCAAGGUGCUCCUGGACAAGGCGGUAUACCACGCGAUGAAGCAGCCGGCUCUGGCUCAAUCAACCUCGCAGUUUUCAAUGCCGCUCCCGAACCCCAGCAAAAACAGAUGCUCGGUGAAGCCAUCUACCCUAAGAUUCUUGCUCAACAGCCUGAGCUUGCCGGAAAGAUCACUGGUAUGCUUUUGGAAAUGGACAACUCAGAGCUGAUUGGCCUUGUCGAUGAUGACGUUGCUCUCCGAGCCAAGGUUGAUGAAGCUCUUACUGUCUACGAUGAAUAUGUCAAGAACAAGAAUGAUGCUCCCACCGGCGAGGCUGCUCAGCCAGAGGCUGGCAAGCCCGCGGAAGAGACUAAGUCUUAA